AUGAAGAACGAAGAAGAGAAAGAGAAGGGCGAGUCUGUUCUUUGCUUUAAGAGAAAUCCGCAGCAGCUGCAGCAGCACGAUGCAUACACAGUAGUUGCUGCAGCAGCAGCAGCACUUGCUGCUGAUGCAGCAGCAGCAGAAGCAAAGCCUCUAGCUCACCCAGAUACACCUAAAACCACCAUCAGCAACUGCAACAGCAACAGCAACAGCAGCAGCAACAGCAGCAGCAGCAGCAGCGGCAACAGCAGCAGCAGCAGCACCGUAGAAGGUACAGACAGCCUGGCGGAGAAAGAGAUGCAGCACCUGCUGCUGCUGCAGCAGCUACAGCAGCAGCAGCAGCAACACCAACAGCAGCAGCUGCAGCAGCAGCAGCAAGAGCAACAGCAACAGCUGCAGCUCCAGCUGCAGCUCCAGCAGCAGCAACAACAGCUGCAACAACAGCUGCACCUCCACCAGCAGCAGCAGCAGCUGCAGCAGCAGCAGCAGCAGCAGCUGCAGCAGCAACUGCAGCUCCAGCAGCAGCAGCAACAGCUGCAGCAACAGCUGCACCUCCACCAGCAGCAGCAGCAGCUGCAGCAGCAGCAGCAGCAGCAGCUGCAGCAGCAGCAAGAAGAGGAGCAGCAGCAACUGCUUUCCGCUGAACAGCAGCAAAAGGAACGUCACAUUCAACACGUAGCCAACAUGGAGGCCAUCCCCGUGCUGCAGAGGGCCCAGAAGCUGCGUCAGCUAGAGGUGGCUGUGACGGUUGUGCACUCGCGUAAGGAUCCUGCUGCUCCUGCUGCUGCUGCUGCUGCUGCUGCUGCUGCUGCUGCUGAUGGUGAUGGUGCUCAUGCUGGUGAUGGUGCUGAUGCUGCUGCUGGUGAUGGUGCUGCUGCUGAUGCUGCUGAUGGUGCUGCUGCUGAUGCUGGUGAUGGUGGUGGUGGUGCUGCUGCUGAUUGUGGUGGUUAUGCUGCUGAUGAAGCUGCUGCUGCUGCUGCUACUGCAAGAUAUGAUGCCCCGUAUUUAGCUGUUGCAGCAGGAGAGGAGUUGCUGCUGCUGCAGCUGCAUGCAGCAGAUGAAUACAAAGCCCCAAAACGCAUGCAGCAGCAGCAUCCAGCAGCAGCAGCAACAGCAGCAGCAGCAGCAGCAACUGCAUGCAUGCGUCUGCAUGCAGCUGCUGCUAUAUGUAUUCGUUACUCUUCCUGCGAGGAGUGGAUGGCGCUGCACCGAGAAGAAGAUGAAUACCACCAGCUGCAGCUACUCUCCCCCCUGCUGCAGCAGCAGCAACAGCAGCAGCAGCAGCAGCAGCAGCAGCAGCAGCAGCAGCAGAUGGUUGUUGCUGUGACAAAAGAAUAUACUGGUGUUGCUGUUGAUGGUGUGUGGCUGGAUAGAGUGCUAGCAGCAACAUACGUCAGCUCACCGCUGCUGCUGCAGCAGCUGCUGCAGCAGCUGCAGCUGCUGCUGCUGCAGCACAAACUUACAGAUGAAUGUGCAGAGACAGUCAGAAAAGCCAACAGCUAUCUCGCUCUAGGCACCUUCGUUCCUUCCCCUCAUCUGCAGCAGCAGCAGCAGCAGCAGCAGCAGGAGCAGCAGCAGCAGGAGCAGGAGCAGCAGCAGCAUCAGCAGGAGCAGCAGCAGGAGCAGGUGUUGCAUGUGCAGCAGCAGCAGCAGCAGCAUGUGCAGCAGCAGCAAUUGCAACAGCAGCAAAUGUUGCAGCAGCAACUGCACCAGCAGCAGAUGCAGCAGCAGCAGAUGCAGCAGCAGCAGAUGCAGCAGCAGCAGCAGCAGAUGGAGCAGCAGCAGCAAAUGCUGCAGCAGCAAGAAAUAGAGCACCAGCACGGACAGCAGCAGCAUAUGCCGCACCACCAUCUGCAGCAGCAGCAAGCGCAGCAGCAGCAAGUGCAGCAGCAUCAUCUGCAGCAGCAGCAAGUGCAGCAGCAUCAUAUGCAGCAGCAGCAAAUGCAGCAGCAGCAGCAAAUGCAGCAGCGAAUGCAGCAGGAGCAGCAGCAGCAGGAGCAGCAGCAGCAGCAGGAGCAGGAGCAGCAGGAGCAGCAGCAGGAGCAGGUGUUGCAUGUGCAGCAGCAGCAGCAGCAGCAUGUGCAGCAGCAGCAACAAUUGCAACAACAGCAAAUGCUGCAGCAACAACUGCACCAGCAGCAGAUGCAGCAGCAGCAGAUGCACCAGCAGCAUAUGCACCAGCAGCAGCAGCAGAUGGAGCAGCAGCAGCAAAUGCUGCAGCAGCAAGAAAUAGAACACCAGCACGGACAGCAGCAGCAUAUGCCGCAGCACCAUCUGCAGCAGCAGCAAGCGCAGCAGCAGCAACUGCAGCAGCAUCAUAUGCAGCAGCAGCAAAUGCAGCAGCAGCAGCAAAUGCAGCAGCGAAUGCAGCAGCGUGGUAUGUACAGUCCUGAGGCCCAGGCAGCAGCAGCAGUUGCUGUUAAUGCUGUUGCUGCUGCUGCUGCAGCAGCAGAACAAGAGCAUGCAGCACAGCUAGAACGCUCGAGAGCAGCAGCAGCAGCAAACGCAGCAGCAGCAGCAGCAGCAGCAGCCGUUGCAUCACCAGAACGCCCUAGGAGAGAAGUACUAGCUGAAGAAGCAGCAGCAACAGCAGCAGCAGAAGAGGAGACAGCUGUGGCUGGAGCAGCAGCAGAACAGGCGAUGCCUCAAACAGCACAGCAGCAAACAGGCGAUGCCUCAAACAAAGAGGAGACAGCUGUGGCUGGAGCAGCAGCAGAACAGGCGAUGCCUCAAACAGCAGCAGCAGCAAUAACAGCAGCAGCAACAGCAGCACCUGCAGCAGCAGCACCAGCAACAGAAGCAGCACCUACUGCUGCUACUCCGACUGCUGCAGCAGCAGCAACGGCACCAGCAGCAAGCGCUGCUCCAUCUGCUGCUGCUGCAGCAGCAGCACCAGCAACAGCAGCAUCAGCACCAGCAGCAGCAGCAUCAGCACCAGCAGCAGCAGCAUCAGCACCAGCAGCAGCAUCAGCACCAGCAGCAGCAGCAGCAGCACCAGCAACAGCAGCAUCAGCACCAGCAGCAUCAGCACCAGCAGCAGCAUCAGCAUCAGCAGCAGCACCAGCACCAGCAGCAGCAGCAGCAGCACCAGCAACAGCAGCAUCAGCACCAGCAGCACCAGCAGCAGCAGCAGCAGCAGCAGCAGACAGCACACAGAAGAAGCUCAAUCCGAAUGCCCCUGAAUUCGUGCCUGCUUUCUCUGUUCCCUUGAUGCAGCAGCAGCAGAUGAGAAGGGCAAAGCAGCAGCAGCAGCAGCAGCAGCGCCAGCAGCAGCAGCAGCAGCAGCAGCAGCAGCAUGGAUCCACCCAUCACAUGCCUUCUCGCAGCUACCUAAGACAAGUGAGCGUACCAGCAGCAGAAGCAGCAGCAGCAGCAACAGCAGCAGCAGCAACAGCAGCAGACGCAGCAGACAAGGAAGCUACGAAACCAGAGAAGAAGGUAGACGGAGCAGCAGCAGCAGCUGCAGCAGCAGCAGCUGCUGCUGCAGCAGCAGCAAACGGGCUUGAGCAUUGCAGCAAGAGAGAAAUGAUGCAGCUGGUUCAGCAGCAGCUGCAGCAGAUAGUGCAGCAGGGUAAGAGACAGCAGCAGCAGCAGCAGCAGCAGAAGCAGCAGCAGCAGAAGCAGCAGCAGCAGCAAACAAAGUGUACGCAGCUGCAGCCACAACAAGCUAACGAACAUCAGCAGCAGAGCUUGCAGCAACAGCAGCAAAAGCCGUCGGAGCAGCAGCAGCAACAGCAGCAGCAACCGCAGCAGCAGCAGCAGCAGCAGCAGCAGCACAAGGACACUACAGAGGCACAGCAGAAGCAGCAGCAGCAGAAGCAGCAGCAGCAGCAAACAAAGUGCACGCAGCUGCAGCCACAACAAGCUAACGAACAUCAGCAGCAGAGCUUGCAGCAACAGCAGCAAAAGCCGUCGGAGCAGCAGCAGCAGCAACCGCAGCAGCAGCAGCAGCAGCAGCAGCAGCAGCAGCAGCAGCAGCAUAAGGGUGCUUUGUGGCGUCCUCAUACAGACAUAGCAGCAAACUGGAAGCCGCGCGUAGAUCGUCAGCAGCAAAUACAGACACUACAGAGGCAGCAGCAGCAGAAGCAGCAGCAGCAGCAGCAGCAGAAGCUGCAGCAGCAGCAGCAGCAGCAGCAGCAGCAGCAGCAGCAGCAAACAGACAGCAGCAAAGCAGCAGAUGGAGCUAUCCGCGCGAAGCUAGCUCAUGCCGUCAUUACCACCCUAUCCGUAAACAGCAGCAGCAGCAGCAGCAGCAGCAGCAGCAGCAGCAGCAACAGAAGCAGCAGCAUCAAACCUGUGGCUCUUCAUUAG